AAACAAUAUCAGGAGAUAUUUGAACCAUCCGAUCUCACUCUCUCCCUCACACACACAAAAACACACACAUCCAUGGCGGCCUCCUCGUCCUCUGCGUCACUUUCCUCAUCCUCCGACUCAUCAUCUCGCCGAGACCGACGUCAACGUCGCCGACGCCGCCGAGACAAAGACUCUCUGAAAGUCCACAAAAAUAGUCGCUCACACACGAAGCGUCGACGCAGGCGUCACUCUUCCGACAGUCACUCUUCAUCAUCCGACGAUCGCAGUUCUUCUGACAGUGAGCACGAAGUAUCUACGCAUGAACAGAGACGUAAAUCAAAUGACAGACCGAAGAAGAACAAGGAAAAAGACAAAGGGAAGAGUCAUCGACAUAAACGGCAUAAGCAUAAAUCUAAAGAGAAGCAGCAGGACAAAAGAUGUAGCAGCCCUGUACAGCUUUCCAAGUUUUUGGGGCGUGACAAGGAUGACGGUGCCCGUCGCAGUGUUGUCUCUGGAAAAAAGAUUCUAUUGAAGGUUGAGAAAUCAAAGGAAGACAAAAUGGCAGAAAAUAAGCGAAACGAAUUGCUGAAGUUCUUGAAUGCUAGCUAUGAUUAAUUAUGUGAAGCUUGAGGUUUCUAUACGAUUGGAGUGAAUGGAUUGGGUGAAGUACUGCAUCUCUAAUGAAAUUUUCACAGUUCUGUGGCGUACUUUUGACGGAGUUUUCUUGCUUGGAAUCACAUUUUGUGAGAUGCACCGGUUCUUUGCAGUUUUCAGUUUAUGUAACGAUUGGAUAGUUUGGUGUUGUGUUAUGUACGAUGAACUUUAUCAUCAUUGUGUUAAACUUAAAAUUUUCGAUUUUCUUAGUUAUCAUUGAUCAGAACAAUAUAUAGGUUUUUUUUAGUCUCCGUGAUAUAUCUGGUUUGGCUUGCCAUCAUCAGCUUCUUUUAAUACAAUGGAAAGCUUUAUAUGUGUA